AUAAGCAUUACCAGCUAUCGUUUUCGCUUUUCAUAAAGUUUCAUAAAGAAUUUUGAUGUAAAAAUUAUACUAUUGUAAAAUAUACAUAAUAUGCGACAAUAAUUGUAAGAAGAAUCAUCAUGUUUAAGCUCUUGCAGCUAAACUGAAGGAUCAUGAGUAACAAUGAACGCAAGGAACCAACAAGUGAACUAUCAGCUCCUUUGGAAGCACCGAAAACGAGUAAUAUAAAACAAACUAAGGAGGCUGAAAAUGGCACAGACAACCAAUAUGAGAAAGGGAUUUCUCGAGAAGUGCCGGCAAAAACAGGGCCCUCGAAUCCGAACUCGUUUGAAAGCACAAGCACGAUACAGACGAAGACGAUUUCUGUGCAUGAGGAUGUUGCUUCAGAUGCAGUGACUUUGAAUGCGUUGUCUUCGAAAGGCGCAUUAAAACCAAAGGAACCAAUAAGAGUUGGUUUCUAUGAUAUCGAGAGAACGAUUGGCAAAGGAAAUUUCGCAGUGGUCAAACUUGCACGGCAUCGAAUAACUAAAAAUGAGGUCGCUAUAAAAAUAAUCGACAAGAGUCAGUUGGAUUCCAUAAACUUACAAAAGGUGUACCGAGAAGUUGAAAUAAUGAAACGUUUGAAUCAUCCACACAUCAUUAAACUUUAUCAGGUGAUGGAAACGAAAAAUAUGAUUUAUAUAGUUUCGGAGUACGCCAGUCAAGGAGAAAUAUUUGAUUACAUAGCAAAAUUUGGAAGAAUGUCAGAAAAUUCUGCAAGAACUAAGUUUUGGCAGAUUUUAUCGGCGGUCGAAUAUUGCCACAAGAAAAAUAUUGUACAUAGAGAUUUAAAGGCUGAAAACCUUCUACUUGAUAUUAAUAUGAACAUAAAAAUAGCGGAUUUCGGGUUUUCUAACCACUUUAAAAUUGGUGAAUUGCUAGCAACAUGGUGUGGUUCACCUCCAUACGCAGCGCCUGAAGUAUUUGAAGGAAAGCAAUAUACGGGACCAGAAAUCGAUAUAUGGUCACUUGGUGUGGUUCUUUAUGUACUUGUUUGUGGAGCGUUGCCGUUCGAUGGGUCUACUUUACAAAGUCUAAGAGAUCGAGUACUUUCAGGACGAUUCAGAAUUCCUUUUUUUAUGUCAUCAGAGUGUGAACAUUUGAUUCGAAGAAUGCUUGUUUUGGAUCCAUCGCGACGAUACACAAUCGAACAAAUUAAAACUCAUCGUUGGGUUUGUGGAGAAGCUCGUGACACUGGUGGCAUGAUCCAAUACAACGUGAAUAUGGAUGGGACUUCGAGUAUUGAACCAAAUGAAGACAUACUAAGGAUCAUGUCUGAAUUUGCUGGCAUUCCACCAGAAAAGACUAAAACAAGUUUGAAAAAGAACAGCUACGAUCAUGUUGCAGCGAUUUAUUUACUACUACAAGAUCGAGUAAACAGCAAGAAAAACCUUCAAGAAUACUCAAAACGCUUAACAGAUAAUACACUGCCAAGGGUUACAUCAAUGAAUCCCGUGGGGUAUCAUGGAUCUUCAAAGUUACUACAUAAAACCAGACCUUCGAUAGACAAACAACGAGUUAAGCAAACUUAUACUACACAAAAGGAAAAGACAAUAUCACCACUGCCAAGUGUAGAUGAGGUUAAGUUUGGUAGUUUCCCAACAAAGUUCUCUCAAAAAAUCUCAACCGAUUGUGAUAAUCCGCAAGUCCAUGAACAUAGUAAGAAUUUUAGUUCAACGACACUUAGAAGUUAUGAUCAUAAAGAAGCGCAAAUAAGUCAAGUAUCAACAAAAGGACGACCGGUGCCCCUUAAAAUGACUCGGUUAAGCAGGCACAAUAUUAGUUCAAGUCAGCAUCCGAUACCAUCAUCAUAUAGCACAGACAAUAAAUUACAUACAGUUAAUGAAAAGUGCCGCCAAGAGAAUGUACCUUCAGUUGAAUAUUCAAAUGGCCCAUUAGCUGUGCCAAGUGUCAUUAGCGAGAGUCCAUCUCAUUCACUCCAUCAAAAUCUCAGAGAGUGCAUUAUUAAACAAAGUACGGAAGAUUGCCGCCUGCUUUUACAACAAGCCACUGCCAUUUCAGAAUCUAAGACGUACGCGAAUAGUGAAACCGAAAUCGAAGCAGAAGUUCAAAGUGAAUUAAAAAACGGUCCAUCAGGUGCUAAGAAAAUUUCAAGUUCAACUAGUUUCGAUUCAUCAUCUAAUGGACAAAAAGCUAAAGCAAAUUUUCAUUUCAAAAUGUCGGCGGAAGCAGCGAAACUUUUCCAAACAUUGCAAGAAAGUCCCCUUCCCAUUGAGAAAUUAGAUGCUAAUGAGCCCGUGUCAAGUAAAUCAAACUCAGCCAUAAAUAGAAGUGUCUCUCCUACAAGUAUGUCUACAGCUCACAACGGUUGCACCUCAAAAUCAUCUCAGACUGAUUCCAAAUGCAGGAAAUUUUGUAACGAAAAAUGUGCAUCCAGACUGAAGUCAACGAAAAUGGCCCCACAGUGCAGCACUAGUACAGACGAGGGUUGUGAGGCAGAUCAAACAAAUGAAAUGAGAGACUGUUCGCAAUCAACCUCUGAUCUAACUCAGCGAAUGCAAUCUUAUGCCAGCAGCAGUUCAUCGAGCGGAGUAAUAGCAAGUUAUUCAAAAAGUUUGAGUCAAAACCUUAGCCGCGGCUCAUCAAACAGCAACUGUUCGGUUUUGGAAGGCAUCGAUUUAAACAUGGCCACAAGCAUCGAUUUGGCAAGCAGUCUACCCUCGUGCGCCAGCAACACCACCUUGGCGACAGCGUCGGAUCGUAUGUCAGAUCGUUCCAUCUACAAUAGCAAUAAUUCAUGCUUUCAUAUGCCCGUUUCAAGUAAUUCCUCGACGUUGUGUGCUAAGUCACCUGUGGUAUGCAUUGAAAAACGGUCACCGAUUCAUUUUAGGGAAGGUCGUCGCGCCAGUGACGGUCUUGUUGCUCAAGGAUUUGUUAAUUCAAUGACAAUUUUAAAUUCUGGCGUUGGUUAUGGUAGCUAUCGCUACGACACUCGAAAGCAGGAUUGUUGGCUGGAAUUGCAGCAGUUGCAAAAAGAAGUUGUGUCACUUAAGUCGAAAUAUCGUAGCAAUAAAGUCCCUGUAGAUGAUGGCAACAGUUAUCAAUUUCAAAGUAGUCAAUUUUACUCAAUACCAAAUAGACUGUCAUUAGAUUUACAACAUCAAUUUGUGCAAACGCCACAUGCACCGAGAACUCCACAUCUAGUACGUCCGAAUCACAGUUUCGAAAGUGUAGAUUUGCCUGGACCAUUUUUAAAUAAUGUGCGCUUCGAUGCAAGCAAUCUAUCGAUGGCUGGCGCUGCACGGAGUGAUAUGACGUUAUUGUGCAACAUGAAUCCAUUGGUCAUACAGCGACAGCCACUACAGCAACAGUUGCUGCAGCAUAGAUUACUGCAACAAAAGCGGCAACUAUUACAAAAGCAAUACGCUUUGGAGUCUCAUAUUUCGCGGCAGCAACAACAUCUAAUGCGUGAACAAGCUUACAAAGUAGGCCCUUCACAACAAGUUGUAGGCCAAGGUUUGAUAGCAACCAACUUCGAGUCGGCGGAAUCAUGCCCACCUAGCAAUAUUUUUUUAAACGGCUUGAAUGUCUUCGACCGAGGUACAGGAAAGUUGCAACAAUCAUCAAUAAUUCCACUGCCCUAUGGCCCAACCAUCAAUAACUACAUGAAGACGUCAUAUAUAAAACAGCAAUCCCAAGACCUAUCUAUGGUAACAAUGCCUACGAAAUAUAUACCGCCGUUAAGUAGACACGCGUCAGAGACAUGGAGCUCACUACCAACAACAGUGCAUAGUAGUCAAUUGAAAAAAGCAGGCAAAUUAAUUGAAAACGGCGGACGUUUAGCGCCACAGUUUCAUGCAAAUGUAGACAAACGUUUACACAUCGAACUGGCAAACCGUCAUAAGGCCCCUUAGUGAAAGCCCUAUUCUUGAAUUAGCCGAACAUUUGGAGUCUGUAUAAUCAUUGCAUAAUUAAACAAUUUACAUAGUUAAUUCGUAUCGAAAACAAGAACAAUAAAUUAAUAUCAAUUACUUA